AUGCUUAAUCAGCGCAAAGUGCACGCCUACCUGCUGCUCUCGAUAGUGGCCAGCAACUGUCUGCUGCUCACCUACGCCUAUCCCCAGCAGGAGGUCUACCAACGACAGCGCCAGCUGGCCGGACAGGGAGCGGAGCAGCCCUCGCCCGUCUAUCGGGGCGGCGAGAGCGGCGCCCGCAAGUUUGCCGUCAAGCCGAACGCCUCGAAGAAGGUCGCGCUCGACGACAUCGAGGAUGACAUCGAGGGCAACCAGAUCCAGGAGACUGGCCCCAGCGGCUUCUCCUGGUCCAACAUGCUCUCCACGGUCAUGACCAUGUUCUUCCAAGGCGCCACCAACGCGCCCACCAAAUCGGACGACGUGGACAACUCCAUCGGCCUGGGCGGCAGUCCUUGGGCCAAUGUCAUCUCUAUGGGUCUGCGCAUCAUCAACACCCUGCUCGGUGGCGGCGCUCCCAGCGAUGGCAUCGACAAGGUCGACAAUGGCGGCUCCCCCAUGCAGGGCAUCUUGGCGGCUGUGCUGUCGUCCGUGUUGGGCACCCGAGAUCCAGACCAAGUCAACUCAAUGGCCAAGCAAGCUGGCGAGUUCAUUCAGAUCGUGAUGAAUCUGCUGGACGCCCUGAAGACCUCCUUCUCGCACCGCUCCCUCACCGCUCGCUCGCUGGGCAAGCGCGACUCGGUCAGCGACGCCGCCGUCGCCAGCAUCGCCCUCCUCAAGGGCUACGUUCGCACCUACCGGAACGCGGAGGACAAGUGCAUGCAGCGCUUCAUGUGCGAGGCCAACACGGACUGCGUGCGUGAGAUCGGCGGCAGCAGCAUCUUCUGCCAGCUGGGAUCCUAUGCCACCAGCUAUCUCUUGGAUCGGACCAGCGACAGCAGCUUCGAGCAUCUGUACGAUGCCGGGCGCAGGGGGCGUUCCGGCUUCGAUUGCCGCCAGCUCUAUCUGGAGUGCAACGAGGUCUAG